AUGACUGGUCGGGCCAGGACGACCGCUCGAGGCAGAGCCCGCCGCAGGGAGCAGGAGGAACAAGAGGCACCUGGGGUACCCAGAGCACCUGAAUCAGCUGCAGUGAGCGAGCCCGCUCAGUGGCAGCGGACACCCCGGUCCCUGCGAGGGGAAGGCCCAGUGGUUAGACCGCGGCAGCCAAGAGGAGCAGAAGUAGCAGCACAGUCUCGAGGGGUGAAAGAACCUGGACUUGAAGCUGGAUUAAAAACCCUGUCCUUACAGGAGAGGAUUGGUGGAGUUUUUCAGGACCUGGUAGUAAACACCAGGAGAGAUAUGAUGCAUGUGAAAAACUCAAAAACAGGUUCAGAGGGUGAAGCGGUACAGCUAAUCACCAAUCACUUCCGAGUGAUAUCCCAUCCUCAGCGUGUUGCAUUUAAAUACAACGUUGACUACAAACCAGACGUAGAGGCUGGAAAUCUCCGUCAAAUUUUACUUAAUCAACAUAUAAGGAAAUUUGGAGAGUGCCAUAUAUUUGAUGGAAACUCUUUAUUAUUACCUCAGCCACUAAGAGAGCAGAAAGUGGAAUGGGUGAGCAUAACCGAAGACAAAAAAAUUGUGAAGAUUGUGGUUGAGUUUUCCAAAGAACUCAAGCCCACGUCACCAGAUUGCCUACGCUUUUACAACAUUCUGUUUAGAAAAACUUUGAAGGAGCUAAACUUGAAACAAAUUGGUCGCCACUAUUACACCGAAAAGAUACCAUUGACACUAGAGCGUCGUGGUACCAGGUUGGAAAUCUGGCGUGGUUAUGUUACUUCUAUUCUUCAAUACGAAAACGGCAUUACCCUCUGUGCUGAUGUGAACCACAAACUGCUCCGAAUAGAAACUGUUCAUGAUUUCAUAAGCAAAAUACAGGCACGGGCCUACCCAGGAAACGCCCAACAGGAAGUAGCUAAUAAAUUAAUUGGAUCAAUUGUUCUGACAAAAUACAACAACAGGACCUACAGAGUAGAUGGUAUUGAUUGGAACCAGAAUCCUGACGACACAUUUAACAAAUCAGACGGUACCAAAAUCACCUAUAUAGACUACUACAAGCAGCAACAUAAAGAAAUCAUCACUGUGAUGCAACAGCCACUUCUGAUCAGCCAGGGCAGAUGGAAAAAGGGUCAAACGGAUACACAACGUGAGCCUAUCCUGCUGAUUCCUCAGCUGUGCUACAUGACAGGCCUAACAGAUGAAAUACGUAAGGAUUAUACCAGUAUGAAACACUUGGCUGAAAAAACAAAACUGAGUCCAGAGAAAAGGCAUAAUUCAUUAAAAGGAUUCAUGAAAAGCAUGAAAGAGGAAAGAGCGCAAGCAUUACUUCGACUCUGGGAUUUCAAAUUGGAUAGCAACCUUUUGUCCCUCCAGGGAAGAGUUUUGAGCAAUGCAAACAUCUUUCAAGGCAGAAGAAUGGUUCAAGCCAAUGCAAGUGGAGAGUGGGCAAGAGAAGUAAGAGAAAUCCCCUUGCUUUGCCCAGUGCCACUGCAUAGCUGGCUCCUGCUCUAUAGCAGGCACUGCCGUACACAAGCCAUGAACUUAGCGGAGCAUCUACAGCAUGUCACAGCCCCCAUGGGCAUAACUAUGAGUCCAGCAAGCAUGAUUGAAGUAGAUGGUCAUCCUGACUCCUAUACAAACACAUUACGGAAAUAUACUAGAUCAGCACUGCAGAUGGUGAUUUGUGUCCUGCCCAAUGAUGACAAAAACAGAUACGACCACAUAAAAAAAUACCUAUGUACCACAUUCCCGAUUCCAAGCCAAUGUGUGGUGAAAAGGACCAUCGAGAAGGUCCAGGCAAGGACCAUCAUCACGAAGAUUGCCCAGCAGAUGAACUGCAAGAUGGGAGGAGCCCUCUGGAAGGUGGAGACAAAUGUACAAAGAACAAUGUUCAUUGGCAUUGAUUGUUUCCACGAUAUUGUUCGUCGACAGGAAUCCAUAGCAGGAUUUGUGGCAAGUACGAAUGCUGAGUUGACAAAGUGGUACUCUCAAUGUGUCAUCCAGGCCACAGGAGAGGAGCUUGUGAAUGAGCUGCAAACCUGCUUGAAAGCUGCCCUGGAUGUCUGGUGUGAAAAUGAAUCAUCGAUGCCACGUUCUAUUAUUGUAUAUCGAGAUGGAGUGGGAGAUGGUCAGCUUCAAGCAUUGCUUGACCGGGAAGCAAAACCGAUGUGGACCUACUUACAAACCAUCUCUCCUAACAAUUUCGCCCUAGCUUUCAUUGUGGUGAAGAAGCGAAUAAACACUAGAUUUUUUCUUAAACGUGGAAACUACUUUGAAAAUCCACGUCCAGGAACAGUCAUCGACGUGGAGUUGACUAGGAACGAAUGGUAUGACUUUUUUAUCGUGAGUCAGUCUGUGAGUGAGGGGACCGUUACCCCUACUCACUAUAACGUCAUCUAUGACACGAUUGGCUUGCGCCCAGAUACAGUGCAGCGUUUAACUUACUGUCUAUGCCACAUGUAUUAUAAUUUGCCAGGCACCAUUCGAGUUCCAGCGCCUUGCCACUAUGCCCACAAGCUGGCAUACCUCGUGGGGCAGUCCAUUCGCCAGAAGCCGAAUCGUUCCCUGUCAACCCUUCUCUUUUACCUUUGACUUGUAGAA